AUGGCUCACGAAUUUGAACGCAAGGAGGGAUCUUCCUCCUCUAACUGCUCAGCACUCCUCUCACCCCGCACCCAACCAACUGAAUAUUCUUUGGGCUCUGAUGAUGCUUGUCCUUCCUUCUGGGCGCCUGGGGAUAGACCCGGCCACAAGGGCCUCAUAGACCAGCAUCGGCGAAAAUCGCGACUGACCAGAAGCAUACGCCUUGACGCGAAGCAGCUGCGCCACGUUCUUCUUUUCAUGCAACAUAACCAUAGCCGUGAUGGUAUCAGAUGGACUCCCGAGAUUCUCUUUUCCUACGUUCCCAGGACGUUUGAGGACGCUACUACUACAGAAGCUAUCGCCGCUCAAGCACUCUUUCAUGCCAUCACCCCUUCUCUCGCUGCGAUAUUCAAGACCAACGUCUUGUCUCUAAAUACAUCUCCACGAUAUAUCGUGUUUGAGUUCUUCUGGCACGGUAGCCCGCCAGUCGUGCCUCAGGACUUGCGUGACUUGCCGAACAUCAAGUUAACUCGCGAGGAACCAGAGGAGAUCUACCCGGACACUAUUAAGUCUGGAAGUAAGAUUAUUGUCCCAGAUCCACUUUCAUUAAAUCUUAAUAGCACAUUCUCUUUCGGAACUGUUGGCUACGUCGCCGUGAUCGAAGAGCUUGGCGAGCGGCGAUUGGUCCUCGUCACAGCUGGUCACGUUGUUGACGAUGCAAGAACAAUCCGAAUACAGGACGAAGAACAAGAGGAUAACAUUUAUCAGUCGCAGAUCGUUCCGGAGUUCGAGCGGAUCGGGGGGGGGGUUCCCUUGUUCCGAAGAGGGGAACCCAUUAACCCCCUUCUAGCGUCACUCAACGAGACAUGUCUCCUCGAGACCGACCAGAUACCUCGUUCCGCGUUACGGAGAGUGGGUGAGCAUGUUGACUGCAACCGUCUCAACCCCGACCGUACCAUUAACGAUAGCGACGAUUCUUCCUUGUCCGCCUUCGACCCAAAGUUAGGCGAUAUUGACCGUCUUAGACAGCUUCUGCUUGAGGAGGAGCCAGUCCAAGUCUACAAGUACGGUGCAGCAUCUUCCUAUACCACGGGGUUCCUGCGACAGAUCAGGCAGGAUGAUCAUGAGGAAAACCUGUAUCGAUUAAAGGUCCAGUGGACUUCCGCAGAGGAACCAUAUGCAGAGGGGGGAGACUCUGGCAGCCUGGUUUUUGCCAAGGAUGGGGACUAUAUCACACCCUUGGGAAUACAUUGUGGCUCCAGAGGCACGACAAGCUACUCCCUCUCGCUGUGGUCGAUAUGUGAAGACAUAUCGACUCGGCUUGACGCAGAUUUGUUCUUCUGUGGGCCAAACGAUUUGCCCCAUUUCGACCCUUCCGCUGUGUGA